AUGGGAAGAAGAUUAACAUGGUGUCUUCUUUUACAGGAACAUCUUGAAGACACAAAGCCACAACUGAGCCUGCCCAGGUUAGAGCUUAAAGGCCCCUUGGAUGUUGGCUGUCAGACGGACCGAGUUCUCACCAAGCAUGCAUUUGUCCAGGCUCAGGUGAAGCCUCUUUUUAGAAGCAAAGCUAUCCAAGCCCGAGCUCCAUGCAGAAGUGUGGAGUGUUCUGCCAACUUCCCUGCAGAGAGUUCUGAAAUAAGUCAAGGCAAGAGAAGGAGAUGUGAGGGGUCAGAUGGUGUCUCAAGUAGCUUCUGCACUUUUGAAAGCGAUAACAACAACCGUACAAGCAAAGAAGUCCCUCCACAGAAGUCCCAGUUCAUUGUUGAGGAAGAUAAACUGAUGGAGCUUUUUAUGUGGUGUCCCGUCUGCUCCAAUAAUUGCGACGUGUCCAAAUCAAUGAGUAAAACACUUCUGUUGGUUAAGCAGCGGUGCACACACUGUCACUUCACAAACGAGUGGUCCAGUCACAGUAAACCCUCAUGA